AUGGACAGCUCGUCCGAGCCGGCUGCAGCUGAGCUGCGCUUCUCUAGUGCAUCUGUGCCCCUGGACCUGACGGACAGCGGCCCGGGGGGCGCCGGCGCGGGCAUGAUCGCGUCGCCGCUGCGAGAGGUGAACAGCGUCGACACGGAGAAGCUCACGACGGGGCCGCUCCGCGCGCCCGCGCCACUGAGUCCUAUACGCUCUGGUGUGCUCGUCGACUCCAUCGAUAGCCGGGAACAGUCGCCGAAUUCAGUGACCCGAGAGAGACAGAUCGAGGAGGUCGUCGACAGACGCAUGCACGAGCACCUCGCCAUGAUGGCCUCGACGGUCUAUCCGACGCCCGCGGACCUCACCGCCGCGCUCGCGCACCAGCGGAUGCUCUCUGGCGGCGCCCCCCACCAGGCCUCCGCGCACGUCAGCCUGUCGAGCGGACCGUCCCACCGCACGGAGUUCUCGACGAAGGAGAUCGUGCAGCUCGUCAACGACUACGAACUCGCCCAGUGCUCUCUCGACAGCUACUUCGGCCUCCCAGGGUCGAGCGUCGCCAAGGUCGGAGGGAUCCACGGCCCGGCGGUGGAGAUGGACCGGUACGGCGAGGUCUUCGAGGACGACCGGCUCGGCAUCCGGUGCUGCGUGUACGCCCGGCGCAACGUGCGGCGUCUGCUCGGGUCCGGGAAAUCGCUCUCCGCGAUGGUGUUCGCGUUCCGGGGCACCGACGGCGGGCAGGGCCGCGACCUCAUCGUCAAGAACAUCGCCGCGGACUGGCGGCUGUUCCAGGACCCAGACAAGGAGAUCCUGGUCGAGAAGUCCGCGCGGCUGUUCGUGCAGUCCCGCAUGCGCGAGGCCGAGGCGCUGUACCCCCUGGAGGAGUGGGUGUUUUAUACCUGCGGACACUCCCUGGGGGGCUUCCUCGCGUGCUCGUGCGCGGUGCAGAUCCCGCGCGUGGACCGCUGCGUCUCCUUCGAGUCCCCCGGCGCCACGACGUUCCUCCUCGAGACGGCCCUGCGCCGCUGGGAGGGCCACUACCAGCACUUUGGGCACUCGUAUGCCACGGGGUCGGACACGUUCGCGGCGUUCUGGGAGAACAAGGUGACGAACUACGUCGCGGCGCCGAACCUCGUCAACACGUGCCUGCCGCACCUGGGCGAGGUGGUCAGGGUCAAGUUUCCGGAGCACCGUCGGCGGCAGAAGUCGGCGCUCCGGCACGCGAUAUCCUGCGUGCUCGCGACGGUCUCGCGCGGCCUGUCGUGGAUGGCCAUGUGGCAAACGACGUCCGCGAUCGCCUCUUACAUUCAUCUCCGCAAGGAGGUCAAGCGCGCGAAGCGGGCGAAGCGGAACAUCGCGCGCUGGGACGUGAUCGGGAAGUUCAUGACGGAGCGCGAGGAGAAGCACGUGCAGGGGCUCAUGGCGGGCUCGAUCCUCGGCGCGAUCAUGUCGGGCCUGCUGUCGGGGAGCCUGGCGGUGUAUUACCUGCUGGGGAGGGGACUGUCGACGGUGCGGAACACGGGGUACACGCACGACCUCGGGCUGAUGAUCCAGGCGUUCGACGCGAAGCGGGGCGUCCCGAAGCACUCCGUGCUCAUGCAGUCCUGGCCGGACCUGCGCAGCAUGGCCGGCAACGGCCGCAUCUGGCGCAUGCUCCGCUCGCUCCUGACCGAGGCCGUCGUGCCCAUGGCGCCCACGAGCGCCGGCCUGCACAACCUCGGCCGGCAAGAGCGCAUGAUGGAGGCCCGCAUCAAGACGAUUCCGGGGUACAUCGAGCACGGCGUGGGGCAGAAGCGCAUCAUGUCCGGGUACGGCAUCUCGACGAACGCGUACUCGAACCAGAGCGCCGCGCGGCUGGCGCGGCUGUCGGAGGGCACGCGGGGGAGCAAGCACCGCCGCGCUGCGUCAGGGUUCCUGAACCAGCUCAACCCGUGGUCGGGCGCGUGA